AUGGCGGAUGGCCCCUCCGGUACGCAGGACGGAUACAUGUGUCUGCUUACUGUCCGCGGAUACGUGUAUGGAGUACCAACAGCAAAGUCACGAACAUCACCCUGUGCAGCAAUUCUGCCUGCCCGCCUCGAAACCCACUUCAGCCCAGAUAGAGCCACAUUCCUUGGGUCUGCUCCCCCCAAUUCCACUGUUUCUCAUACCGGUAGGGCCCAAGGCCCAAAAGGCCCCUUCCAGGUUGCUUCCAGGUUCUUGAACCCUCAACUCGAUACCCUGGGCCACUCCCGGUGGCUCAGGCUCUGGUCCCCGACCCGUCGCCAGGAUGCCAAAUGCACCGGCGAUGCAGAGUUGCAGUCCCGCCGCCUUCCUUGCCUCGCCAGGCUUACCUCACUCGUCACUUUUACAACUCUGGCCUCGCCCCUCAUCAACAAUCAACGUCAGUCCUCAUCAUCUUGCAGGCAACAAGGAACAGAUUGCUCGGUGCCGGAGCAAUCUGGCCUCUUCCAAAGCCUUCCCCACAAGUCAACAAUACGCUUUUGGCCAAGUCUCGUGAUACCCAGCGGACGGCAACCCCUGGGAGACUCCUUGAGUCUCUGCUCACUUUCUCACAAUGUGAACUACCAAGACAGUAACCUGAUCCUCUCCUUUGGAUCCAAGCUACGCCGACCCAGACCGACUCUUGUCAUCGACUUUAACACGCAGCUCGGCUCGUCUCAGGACGUCAGCGCUUACCUGUUGCUACAGCUAAUGCAGGCAAUGGCCCAUGUUUGUGCCCUGGGUUCCUUCCCGGCCAACCUAAAGCAUCGACACCAAGACCGAGCGGAUCUUACUUGGUCUUGUUAUGCAUCGAUACUACUACGCACCUCCCUCAACAAGAGACGGUACGACUUUGCGGCGUGUCCUGAACCUAAACUUGGCCGGGCCAUUAUAUCCAAGGAGAGGCUACUCGGCUUUCCAAAAACCUUAAUCAUUGCAACGAACUGCUACUACCCUACGACGCAAGCCAAAUCUAGCCACCGUUGGCCGCCUAGAGUAAUCCCGACGCAAGAACCGGCGGAAGACGGGUUGGCACGAUAUCAGCCCGCCGCAUUACUUGCGUCCGAUGUCAAUCAUCGGCCCUUUGAUAGGCUCCCGCUUCCCUCAACCCCCGACGUCGCUCCGAAUCUCGCACAAACGCCUCCAUACCACCACCUCACCACCUCACCACCUCACGAAUUGACUGUACUGCGUACUUCCCUCAAGUCGGGUAUGGAUUGCACAAAGUCAUUAUCCAGCGGCGGUAACCUAGUCUCCCCCAGCCUAGAGACCAGCUACCAACCCCAAGAGCACCAAUCAACGAUGGGCCUCAUACCACCAGAACUUGGUCUAGAUGCGGGCAACAACUACAAGGUACCUAGGCACAACUAG